UUAUAGUUGAAACAUGAAGAAUAUACUAGAUUCAGUAUAUUUAAUAAAUAGGGGCUUAGCAUAUCUUAUUAAUAAAUGGCCCAUGAGAGGUGGAACAGGAUGGCUAGUGAAAUGGCAAGUUGGUUACAAGCUAGACCUGAGCUCAGCUGUCAUAAGGAUGAGCUCAAGCAGUUGAGUUCAUCUAAAGUUGUUUACCUCAUCCAAGUUCACCUCGGAAUGGGUUGUCAUGAGGAUGAGCUCAAGCAGUUGAGUUCAUCUGAGAUUGUUUGCCUUAUCCAAGUUGACCUCGGAAUGGGUUAUGAUGAGGAUGAGCAAAAGCAGUUGAGUUCAUUCGAGGGUAUUUACCUCAUCGAAGAAUUUGCAGAGAAGGACAAAAACCCGACACAGACUCUUGAGAAUGGAUGCAGGAAAAAUGUCGGCACCUUGUUGAGGAUGUUGACACCUUGCAGCUCGUGCUUCACAUCUUUCAGCUCAUGCUUGACCUCUGCACCUCGUGUUCAACUCGUGCUCAAGUUCUGCACUUCGUGCUCGACCUUUGCAGCUCCUGGUUCACCUCGGCAGCUCGUGUUUGAGCUUUGCAGCUCGAGCUCGUGCUCAAGUUUUGCACUUCGUGCUGGACCUCUGCAGCUCGUGGCUGACCUCGGCAGCAAGUGUUUGAGUUCUGCAACUCGCGCUCAAGUUCUGCAUUUCGUGUUGGACCUUGGCAGCAAGUCUCGUGCUCAAGUUCUGGACUUUGUGCUCGACCUCGGCAGCAAGUGUUUGAGCUUUGUAGCUGGUGGGUUUUGCUCGGUGCAUGUCACCGAGCUGGGAGACUACUUUGCUGCUGCUGGGCUGCCUUGUUUCUGCCAAGCUGCAGCACCGCUGAGCUUUGUUGUUGCCGAGGUGGGAGGCUGCCAAGUUGAAGUGAGCAGCUCGGGCUCGAGCAGGACGUUCCCAGCUUGUGCAGGAUGUUCGCAGCUCGUGCUUGAGCAAGAUGCUCGCAUUUCGUGCUCUAGCAUUCCGCAACUCGGACUUCAGCACUCCACAACUCGUGCACCAGGUGUUUGCAGCUCAUGCUCUAGCAAGAUGCUUGCAGCUCAUUAUUGUCGAACUCCCAGGGGGCUACUUGGGGCAACGUGUAGAUGCUUUCUUCCUUCCACGGAUGGGGAACAGGAGGUUGUUGCAGAUGUGCAUGGUGUGUUCACGGGUAAAUUCUUCGCGCCUCCAAAUGGUUCGUGGUUUAACCGUCAUCCUGAAGGGUGGUGUCCAGUCCCUCCAGAGCUUCCAUCUUUAACACUACCAUCAGCUUUUUCUGUCAUUGGAACCAUAAAUUUUUGCUCCCUAGCAGCUGAUUGGAGGGAUUUAAUUUUCUACUACUCGGACUUUGAUGACGAGGUCGGAGAGCUUAAGGGGUUGGGCGACUAUUUUGUCGCUGCCGAGCUGGAAGAAUGCUUCUCUUCUGUACAAGCGAAUAAACCCAUUCUGUAAAUUCAUCAGAUCUACUUUUGCGACUCAAAAAAAACAGCCAUGAGCCUUUCACUCAUCUUCUCUUCCUUCUGAUCAACCGGAUCAACAUAAAAAUAAAGCUUUUUAUUCGAGUUCCCACAGACGGUGCCAAUGUAAUUGCACCAAACCAGAAGUCCUCCUUCAGUCCACAUCUUCACUUCAGAUGAACCUGCAAAGCCCCGAGGUUCAUCCGAAGUGAAGAUGUGGACUGAAGAAGGACUUCUGGUUUGGUGCAAUUACAGUAGCAUCUUCAAUUCUUCUUUUUCUUCUCUCCUCUUUGUUUCUCAAAAUCUUCAGUCUUUCCCUCUGUGAGAAAUACAUCCCUUGAAUAUUGCAUUUGCAUUCAAUUACAUCUUUCACUUUCUUGAUUCUUUUACAAUCCAUUUUUUCCUUGCUUCUUUCUUGUUUUCAGGAAAUACCCAUAAGUUCGUUCUUUCUUUUUCUCCAAGAAAUUUGGAGGGUUUGUAGAGGAGUCACUGUUUUGGGGGUUUACUAUCUAUCCUUGGGUCUUUAUUGAUUGGUUCUAAAAAGGUAUUGUUCAAAAGGGAAAUGAGCAAAGAUGUAUUUUACUCCGGAUAUUUCAAAGAGUAAGAAACGUUUAUUUCAAAU